AUGAAUGGCGAAAUAAAGUGUCUAUUUUUGUCCCCAAAUGUGACAUCCCUCUGUCAGCCUAUGGACCAAGGUGUUAUAGAAUCUAUAAAACGUGUCUAUCGACGAAAGUUACUGACGGUUUUGAUUGCUGGAAUGGAUGAAGGAAAAAACGUUACAGAGACUCUAAAAAAAGUGGACAUGUUGGAUGAGGUGAUGUGGGUGGCCCAAGCGUGGGACGAUAUAAAACCAAUAACAAUGAUAAGGUCAUGGAGGAAGUUACCCAAACCAUCUGAUGAAUCUACGGGGGAGAAACCAGAGGAAGGUAGCAAUGAAACUUCCGCCGAAGACGAGAUUGCUGAACUGGUAAAGAACCUGCCGGGAUGUGAAAAAAUGAAGGAAGACGAUGUUAACGAGUGGUUGAGUGCAGACGAACAGAACGAAUUAACAGACGGCGAUAUAUUAAACAUAGUGUGCAAGAAUGAUGAUAAAAACUCAGACAGCGAAGGGGAUGAAAGCACUGACAAAAAUCCGGUCGUAAACGUAAUGAGCCAUUCAGAAGCUUUCAAGUCGUUCGAGGCUCUGCUGUCCUACGUUCAAAGUCAAGAAGAUACUUGUGCAAGUGACAUGAUGCUCUUAAAAAGGAUGAGAGACAUGACUUCAAAAAAAAAAACGUGUACAGUGUGGAAAGCAGCAGAAAAUAACUAA